UACGACGAGUUCGGCAACUACAUCGGCCCGGACGACGACCUGUCGGACCAGAGCGACGACGACCAGGACCAGCACAACCUCGAGCCGUCGCCCCCGCCGGCUCCGCUCCGCGCCUACGACGACGACGAUGAAGAGCACGCAGCUGCGCUCGAUGGCAUGCAGGUCGACGACGUGCCGAGCUCGAACGCGAUCGUGCUCCACGACGACAAGACGUACUACCCGAGCGCGUCGGCCGUCUACGGCGCCGACGUCGAGACGAUGGUCCAGGAGGAGGACGCGCAGCCGCUCUCGGUGCCCAUCAUCGAGCCCGUUCGGACGCGCAAGUUUCGCCUCGGAGCGGCGACGGGGCCAGAGCGGCGGUGGGACGACCAGUUCCUGAUGGGCCUCGCGUCGAACCCGGACUCGGUGCGCAACAUCGCCAUCGUCGGCCACCUCCACCACGGCAAGACGUCGCUCGUCGACAUGCUCGUUCACGAGACGCACAAGGUCGACGUCGACCCUCAGCAGCCGCUCCGCUACACCGACACGCACGUCCUGUCGCAGGCGCGCAAGGUCUCGAUCAAGUCGACGCCCAUGUCGCUCGUCCUGCAGAACACCAAGGGCAAGUCGUACCUCGUCAACAUGAUCGACACCCCCGGCCACUCGAACUUUGUCGACGAGAUCGCUGCGGGCGUGCGCGUUGCCGACGGCGCCGUCGUCGUCGUCGACGCCGUCGAGGGCGUCCUCCUGACGGCGACCCAGACGAUCCAGCACCUCGUCAAGAACCGCGUCCCGAUCACGCUCGUCGUCAACAAGGUCGACCGCCUCAUCCUCGAGCUGCGCCUCCCGCCGGGCGACGCCUACUUCAAGCUGCGCCAGACGAUCGAGGAGGUCAACACGGUCAUCUCGGAGCUCGACCCGGACCCGGCCCUGCGCGUGUCGCCCGAGCGCGGCAACGUCGCGUUCGCGUCGGCCCAGAUGGGCUGGUGCUUCACGCUCAAGUCGUUCGCAAAGAUGUACGCCGACACGUACGGCCCGAUCGAGCUCGACCAGUUCGCCGCGCGCUUGUGGGGCAACAUCUACUACCACCCGGACACUCGCAAGUUCUCGAGGGUCGCCGCGCCCGGCGCCAAGCGCGGCUUCGAGCACUUUGUCCUCGAGCCCCUGUACAAGCUCUACUCGCAGGUCCUCGGCGAGGACUCGGACAAGCUGCGGCACACGCUCGAGCAGCUCGGCAUCCACCUCAAGCCGGCCGCGUUCAAGAUGGACGCCCGCCCGCUCCUGCGCCUCGUCCUGCACCACUUCUUUGGCCCGGCGAGCGGCCUCGUCGACAUGGUCGUGCAGCACGUCCCGAACCCGCGCGACGCGGCGCGCGCCAAGGUCGAGUCGACCUACACGGGCGAGCUCGACUCGCCGCUCGGCAAGGCGCUCCUCGCGUGCGACCCGGCGGGCCCGCUCGCGAUCCAGGUCGUCAAGCUGUACCCGUCGCCGGACGCGACCGAGUUCCGCGCGUUCGGGCGCGUCCUGAGCGGCACGGCGCAGGUCGGCAUGGACGUCAAGGUGCUCGGCGAGGGCUACUCGCCCGAGGACGACGAGGACAUGGUGCACCAGCAGAUCGGCGCCGUCGUCAUCGGCGAGGCGCGGUACGACAUCGAGACGGACGCCAUGCCGGCGGGCAACUUUGUCCACCUGUCGGGCGUCGACUCGAGCAUCACCAAGACGGCGACCCUGAUCGCGGCCGACUACGACGCGUCCGAGCUGCGCAUCUUCCGGCCCUUGGCGCACUUUACCCAGUCGGUCCUCAAGGUCUCGGUCGAGCCGCUCAUGCCGUCCGAGCUGCCCAAGAUGCUCGACGGCCUGCGCAAGGUCAACAAGACGUACCCGCUCGUCGAGACGCGCGUCGAGGAGUCGGGCGAGCACGUCCUCGUCGGCACGGGCGAGCUGUACCUCGACUGUGCCCUGCACGACCUGCGCAAGAUGUUUGCCGAGAUCGAGAUCAAGGUGUCGGACCCGGUCGUGCGCUUCUGCGAGACGGUCGUCGAGACGAGCGCGCUCAAGUGCUACGCCGACACGCCCAACAAGAAGAACAAGAUCACGAUGAUCGCCGAGCCGCUCGAGCGCGGUAUCGCCGAGGACAUCGAGACGGGCAAGGUGUCGAUCCGGCUGCCGCCGAAGCAGCUCGGCCAGCACUUCCAGCAGAAGUACGGCUGGGACUUGCUCGCGUCGCGGUCGAUCUGGGCGUUCGGGCCCGACGAGCAAGGGCCGAACCUGCUCGUCGACGACACGCUCCCGAGCGACGUCGACAAGAAGCUGUUGUACUCGGUCAAGGAGAGCAUCAAGCAGGGCUUCCAGUGGGGCUGCCGCGAGGGCCCGCUGUGCGACGAGCCGAUACGCAACGUCAAGUUCCGCCUUCUCGGCGCCGACUUGGCGCAAGAGCCGAUCUACCGUGGCGGUGGGCAGGUCAUCCCGACCGCGCGGCGAGUGUGCUACUCGAGCUUCCUUAUGGCGACGCCUCGACUGCAGGAGCCCGUCUACUUUGUCGAGAUUCAGACGCCGCAAGACUGCAUCCCGGCCAUCUACGAGAUCCUCGCCCGUCGUCGCGGUCACGUCACCAAGGACAUCCCCAAGCCUGGUUCGCCGCUGUACACCGUCCAGGCCUACAUUCCUGUCGUCGACGCCAACGGUUUCGAGACCGACUUGAGGACGCACACGCUCGGCCAAGCCUUCUGCCUCCAGACGUUCGACCACUGGUCCAUCUGCCCGGGCGACCCGCUCGACAAGACGAUCCAGCUGCGCCCGCUCGAGCCCGCACCGGCACAGGCGCUCGCACGCGACUUUGUCCUCAAGACGAGGCGGCGCAAGGGCCUGAACGACCAGAUCAACGUGGCCAAGUUCCUCGAGAGCGACAUGGUCGCUGCGCUUGCCGCGAGCGACUCGAUGGACCUGCUCGGCUGAGGGGCGCCGGCCAGGGAGGGAGGGCUGUAGCCGUGAAAGACAUGCCGUCGAGGCUGCCAUUGUACGAUUCUCGAGCCU